AAAGUGCUGUAAAAUAAAGAAGGCGAAGCGGAAUACGCGCAUUCAGCUCCGUGCCGAAACCCUCCUUUCCUCUCCUCUCCUCGCGUCUCGCCUCCUCCCUUUCUUCCGCUCCACGCCGCCCGCCGCCGCCGCCGCCGCUGCGGACGCCAUGGCUGAUCCGCGGCUGUUCUCGUCGGGAUCCGGCUCCCGCGACGACCGCACGGACGCCUCCGGCCGGCGGACGUACAACCCCUACCAGGACCUAAAUAUUCCCUACAAGCAGCUCUACGACCUCCCCACCUCCCCGGAGUUCCUCUUCCAGGAGGAGUCCCUCGCCCAGCGCCGCUCCUGGGGCGAGAACCUCACCUACUACACCGGCAUAGGCUACCUCUCGGGCGCCGUCGCCGGCGCAGCCGUCGGCCUCCGCGACGCCGCCCGCAACGCCGAGCCCGGGGACACCGCUAAGAUCCGCGCGAAUCGGGUUCUCAACUCGUGCGGGAGCUCCGGCCGACGCAUGGGGAACACGCUCGGGGUCAUCGGCCUGCUCUAUGCGGGGAUCGAGAGCGCCAUGGUCGCCGCGCGCGACCGCGACGACUGGAUCAACAGCGUCACCGCGGGGCUCGGCACCGGCGCGCUGUUCCGCGCCGCCAACGGACCACGGUCCGCCGCCGUCGCGGGCGCCGUCGGAGGGAUCCUCGCCGGCGCCGCCAUGGCCGGCAAGCAGGCUGCAAAGAGAUAUGUGCCCGCCCUCUGAUGCGUCCGCUCGAGAACUGUGUUCUUCCGGUCAUUUCUGAUGUACUAGCCAACCUUCUGCAACCCACCAGUAAUACUCUUUCCUACAGUUAUCACUUGUCUGAACUCAAAACUUGCGAUCUUUUUGGCGCAUACAAUGAUCCGGUGCAGCAAAGGAACAAGAUCUUUUGGCUUCUGGUUUCCUCUCACUGGAUUGGCAGGAUUGCAAUGGAACUUUUUUCUUUCUUUCGUGUACGAUAUGCAAUGAGUGCACUAUUUGACCUUAUGGCAGACUGGCCAGGUAUUUAGGCAUGUAAGUUGUGAUAAAUGCUUUACGGUACGAGGUUAUUACCACAAAGGUACCUCUUUGAAAUAACGAGAAUGUUGUAUCAGGUCAGCUAGGAUGUACAAUUGUGUACCAGCACUAUGGUUUUGCUUAUAUUCAUGCUUAUCUAUAUGCAGUGGUAUA